UUGUGAGCCAAAAGAAAAAGAAAAGGAAAAUACUAUAUAUAUUAAAUUAAAUCAAAAUGGAUGGCACGUUUGUUGUCCCUUGCACCGGGCUGACUUACGAGCCAACAAUUGCCAUGUUUGCCAGCCGAAUUGGUCGCUUAAUUUUGGUCGCUUAAAAUCCAGUACAUUUAGUGGCUACUACACUUGGUGGCUACUAGAGUUGGCAAUCGGGUCAAUCGGAUCGGUUUCAGAAUGGAUUUUUUCGAUUCAGAAUGCAAUCUGAGUCGCACGAUGCAUCAGAUCCAAAGGUGAGUGGAGAUGAAUUCUUGGUGGCAUAUUUUGGUGGCACAGCUGAGGGGGCCCCUGAUGUCAAGAUUUGGAUGCAAAGUUACAAGAAUGGGAGUUGGAGUCCCCCUGUUGUAGCGGACGAGGAACCGGGUGUCCCAAUGUGGAAUCCUGUGCUAUUCAUGCUUCCUUCUCGUGAACUGCUUUUGUUCUAUAGAAUUGGGAAAGACGUUCAAAGUUGGAGCGGAUGCAUGAAGAGAUCUAAUAAUGGCGGUAUGACAUGGACAGAACGAGAGCAGCUUCCUCCUGGUAUAUUAGGACCCAUAAAGAACAAGCCUUUAUUACUAGAAAAUGGAACAUUGCUCUGCGGAUCUUCAGUUGAGAGCUGGAAUUCUUGGGGAUCGUGGAUGGAGGCUGCAGAUGGGACCUUGCGAGUUUUACUGCGCUCAUUUACUGGCCUAAAUAGAACUUACACCUCCCUGUCCCGUGAUGGUGGUGUUACCUGGGAUCACGCAAAGCCCACUCCUUUGCCGAACCCAAAUUCAGGAAUUGACGGUGUUAAAGUGAGGGAUGGUCGGCUCAUUGUGGCGUACAACACAGACUCGAAAGCGGUUCUCAAAGUGGGAGUCUCUGAAGACGAUGGAGAAUCGUGGCGUGAGGUUGCAACGCUAGAGGAUACCCCGGGGAAGGAAUUCUCUUAUCCAGCCGUCAUCCAGGCCACCGAUGGAUCUGUCCAUAUCACCUACACCCACAACAGAACUCAGAUCAAGCAUGUAGUGUUGAAGAUCUCUUGAUGAUGAAGAGAACUGGGCCUGCUGCAUGCAACAAGAUGAUCUUGCUUGCUUGCUUGUUUGGAUGCACGAACGAUUCGUGAAGAUAUGUAUAUGU